CGCGAAAUAACGGUUUUUUCUCAGAAUGAAUCGUUAUGGCAACGUUAGUAAUUUCAACAUGAUGUUUCGAUGACGAAGGCAAAGGAAAUUGCUGUGCUCUACACCUACCGACUCGGUUGUAGAUAAUGGUUGCACACUUUUUUACCGAGUUCCCCGGCCCCUUGUUCAGCUGCGCAAACUUUAAAAGGCGCUAAUCUAAGCAGCUGGUUGUAAGAUAAUACAUAACCUCACUUAUUAUGUACAAAAUCAGGAACGUUUGACGAUGAGUUUUUCCGUGUAUGAUAGAGAAGUGACGCUUUGCAGCGGCGACAACGUAAUUACAUGCAAUAUCGACGAUGACACGGUAAAGGAGUUAAUUUUGCCGGACUUGAAGUCUACGAAGGAUACAACCCACCACAACAAAUUGGACAUAGAUUUAUACCACACGAUAACUAACGUGUCUUACUCGAACGACGGUGAAUAUUUCCUGGUAUGUACGAAUAGAAAACAGCUCUGUUUGUACAGGCGAAAAAAUGGUGAACUAACUGCGAAUAGAACGCUGGCUAGAGCAGCGAGCAAAGUCAGGUUUACGCCGAACAACGACGUCGUUGUGGCCGAUAAGUCUGGAGAUGCUUACUUGUACUCCAGCAGCAAGCCUGAAGAGGAGGGAAUCGCCCUACUUGGACACCUCUCGAUGCUGCUCGAUGUUAUGGUGACGACGGAUCAGAAGUACAUCGUUACUGCUGACCGAGAUGAAAAGAUCCGAGUCUCUAUGUACCCGAAUUGUUACAACAUAUUGUCGUACUGCUUGGGGCAUGAAAAAUUUGUGACAAACAUUCAGGAACUGCCUCACGAUAAAAAUAUCCUGGUAUCUAGCGGAGGUGAUGGAUGUGUGAAGUUUUGGGAUUACAAGACCGGCAAGGAGUUGCUGUCCAUUGAUGUAAAUGAGAACGUCAAGCAGAAGGAUGUUGAGGGCUUUAAUAGAUGCCUUGAGGACUGCGAGCUAGAUGAGUCUGUCACCAUAUUGCCACUCAAACACCUUGUGGUCUCAAAAAUUGACGAUUCAACCUCUUUGGUCAUGACGACCCUCUUCUCUUGCAAAAGAUUAUUUUUAUACAAUGUUUCUGGAAGUGUGAAGACAGGAGUCACGCUGAAUCAGCGUCAGGCAGUGGAGCUUCAAGACGACCCCCUGGAAUGUCUUGUUCAAAACAACAGCGCGUUUUGGACUCUGAGCGACGGUGGAUUAAGCAUUUACAAAUUUGAUGAUCAACGAUUUGAGAAGGACGAAACAAGUUGUAGAUUGGAGAGAAUUAACGAAUCUUGGAAAACAUUGAGAAAUCACUUGAAAAAACACAGUCUUUUUCCCAUCUUGUACAAGAGGAAGUUUGACAAUGUUCAAGAUUAUCAGGAAAGGAAGAAAACCCGGCUCCUGUCAAAGGUCUCGGGAUAAUAUUUUUACAGGUAAAAAUAGAAGUAUUUUUUUUAAAUAAAUCUUACAAUCGAUCCAUCGAUUUUCCAUGUAUAAUUUUAUUUUCAUCUUUUCUAUAAUAAAAAUGUUGCCGCUUUAGAAGAUGCGUGUUGGAUACUUAUCAAUGUCACAUUAGUUGUACAUACGGAUAUUUGCAUAUGAAAAACGAGAAUAUACUGGUGAUAUAUGACGAAUCUGUUACACUGGUUUAUAAUCCAAUUUCGAUUCGAGUUUUUUGUUAUCUGAAACUUUUCGAACAGCCUUCAUAAAGUCUUCUUGCACAACGUACUCUCGCUCCGAUCGUAUCGCGAACAAUCCUGCCUCUGUGCAGACGUUUCUCAAGUCAGCGCCAUUGAAUCCAUCUGAUAAUU